AUGGCCGACUUCUCUCGCCUGGUCGUCCCCAAGGCGCCGAAGACGGUCGUCGAGAACCAGCAGCAGAAGGAGUCUGUAUACUGGCGCAGCUUCAAGUCCCCCGUGUUCCUCAAGUCCUACGCGCCAAUCACCCACGUCCACUUCUCGCCCUCCCACCCGCAUCGCUACGUCGUCACCUCUGGCACACGGCUGCAGAUCUAUUCCCCCAAGACGAACAGGGUCGUCAAGACUAUUGCGCGGUUCAAGGAGACGGCUACGAGUGGAGAGAUUCGGACGGAUGGGAAGCUGUGUGUCGCGGGAGACGAGGGCGGACUCGUGCAGGUGUUUGACAUCAACAGCCGAGCCAUCUUGCGGACGAUCCGGGCGCACAAGCAGGCCGUCCACACUACCAAGUUCUCUCCCGGAGCCGGCACCCAGAUCCUCACGACCUCUUCCGACACCACCGUUCGCCUCUUCGACCUCUCAACCUCUGCGCCGCUCCGCACCUUCUCUUCGCACUCCGACUACGUCCGAACAGCCUCCUUCGUCCCCUCCUCCCCCUCACUCAUCUUCUCCGGCGGCUACGACUCCACAGUCCGACUCUGGGACGCCCGCGUGCCCGACAGCGAAGGGAGUGGAUGCGUCUGGAUCGGACGGCAUGGGAAGCCAGUGGACCAGGUGCUUGUUGGCGAGCAAGGGACGAUGGCCGUCUCGGCUGGCGGACCGAUCUUGCGCGUGUGGGACUUGCUCGGCGCGUCGACUUCGAGGUCGAGCGGUGCGGGUGCCGAGAUGGAAGGCGGAUACGACGCAGCGACCGGUGAGGAAGAAGAGGAAGUCGACACCGGCACGGCAUACUGCUUGAAGGCGCUGAGCAACCACCAGAAGUCGAUUAUGGCGCUGUGCUGGGCCGAGGCGGAGAAUGGCGAGAAGCGCGUGCUGAGUGGUGGAUUGGACGGGCUGGUGAAGGUGUAUGACCCGCAGGAGAAUUGGCGCGUGCGGCAUACGAUGCGGUAUGGUGGGCAGGUCAUGAGCUUGGCGGUUUCGCCCAACAACUCGCACCUUAUCGCCGGCUUGUCGGACGGCUCGCUGUCGAUCCGGACUCGCGCAGGCGUGGGUCGCAAGGCCGGCUUGCCCGUCGAAUCGGUCACACCGUCCUACGACGCGAUUCUCGCGGGGAUGGGGCACGGAGGCGUAGUGUACAGCGGCAAGCAGGCGGGUGAAGGGCUCAAGGCGACGUUCGAGGGCGAAACGAAGGUGACCAAGGAACGGCGGAAGAAGCUGAGCGAGUGGGACCGGAUGCUCAAGAACUUCCGGUACGGCGACGCGCUCGACUCGGUCAUGCGGAGAGACGUCACGCCCGCCACGGCGUUUGCGUUGAUGGACGAACUCAUCCGGAGGGACGGGCUGGCGAUCGCUUUGGCGAACCGGACGGACGUCUCGCUCGAGCCGGUCCUUUCGUUCCUCGUCAAGCACAUCAUCGACCCGCGGUAUUGCGUACUCGCCGCUGACGUUGCGAGCGUGCUCAUUGACAUCUACACUCCCACCCUCGGCCUCUCACCCCUCAUCGACACCCUCUUCACCCGCCUUCGACGAAAGCUCGACGACGAACUCGACUUCCACCGCGAAUUGACCAUGGUGCAGGGCGCGCUAGAUAUGGUGUUCGCGAGCAGUGCGCAGCCGAGGGCGUGA